AUGGCGGAAGGGCUCGAAGCCCCCUCCAACGCAAAAACGGGCGAAGAAAUAGCAGAAUUCCCAGUCGACGCUUUGGAAUCGGACGACGAGGCACUGGUGCAUUCUGUACCAAUGCGGCGCAGCGACUCCUCGGUAAGCGUGUCUUUCUUGGACUUGCUGAAGCUCCUAGUGAUGCCCGACUACGAUUUCGGGUCUGGGUUUGAUCAGGUCAGCGACUCCACCAAGCGGAAGUUCAUGGAAAUGAAGAACCGCACGCGCGAAAAGUUGCUCCGGUUCAAGGCCGACAAGCAGGUGGCCGGCUUGCGCAGCAAAACCAAGAAGUUCUCGCCGCAGGACCUUGCCAAGUUCCAGGAAGGCCUCAACAAGCGGCUCAACCGAUUUGACAGCGCCAUCCAGGAGAGCCUCCAGAGCCUGGCCACGGAAAAGGCUUUCUACGCUUUUGCCGUGACGUUGAUCGGUGCCGCGGGCUUCAUUAUCGGCAAGUACCCGGUGUAUUUCCCCGUGUUCCACACAGUGCUUUUCUGCGUGCUCAUGCCCAUCCGCUUCUACACGUACUUCAAGCUCGGGUUCCAGUACUACUUGGCGGACUUGUGCUACUACGUGAACGUGCUUCUCCUCCUCUUCCUCUGGGUGUUUCCGCAUUCGGAGUCGCUCUUUGUGUCGGUGUUUCUGCUUGCGUUGGGCACGCUCAGCUUUGCCGUGAUCACGUGGCGCAACUCGCUCGUGCUCCACCUGAUCGAGAAAACCACCAGCUCGUUUAUCCACGUGAUGCCGCCUCUCACCAUGUUCAUUCUCGUGCACCAGACCCCUGCCGACUACGUGGCGCGCCGGUACCCUGCUGUGGCGCUGGUGGGAAAGUGGAAUUUCGUCAACGGCAUCAUUGUGACUUCCAUAUACUACACGGUGUGGCAGGUGGCGUACCACUAUUUCAUCACGGUAAAGAGACGCGAGCAGAUUGCCAAGGGCCGGGUCACGUCGUUCACGUACUUGAAAAAGAGCCAGAGCAAGAGCCCGUUGGGCAGAUUCGUCAACUCCCUUCCGUACCCAUGGAUGCAAAUAGCCGCGUUCACGCUCAUCCAGUUUGGCUACCAGAUGCUCACCAUGCUUCCGUGUCCAAUCUGGUUCCGGUACAAGUAUGCGUGCGGUGCUUUCGUUCUUUUUGUGUUCACCUGGUCGGCGUACAACGGAGCCACCUACUACAUCGAGGUGUUUGGCAAGCGGUUCGAAAAAGAGCUGAAGCAGCUCAGGAUCGAAAUCGAGGAGCUCCAGCUGCGACUCGACCGACAGGAGGGCGAGCGGGACUCGGCAAAAACGAGUCCAGAUGUGUCCCCCGUGAUCCAGGCCACUUCGGGCGAGCCUCUUGUGGUGAAUCAGGGAGACCGGGACGCUGAGAUCUAG